AUGCCACCUUUCAAGUUUGGCACCACCCACAAAAGCCUAGACAAAGAGGAGACCUGGAGCGAGGAGACCAGUGAGAACAUUCACAGAUCUGUAAAGCACACCAACGAAUUAUUGGAAAGGACACAGCAGCUGGAGAGAGACGCGGCCAAAUUCCUCGACGAUGCAGCCGAGCUAUCUGUGCGGGCGAAGCAACAGGUCAGGACCGCUCGAGAAGCUUGUCAGUCAUGUAUGCAGGCAAGCAUCUUCAACCUCUCUCAGCAAAAGCGUGAACUGGAGGAAAGUGUUGCACAAGGUCAGCUGGAUAUCAACCGCACAGAGGCACUCCUUCAGCACAUGCAGAAGGAGAUCAAAGGUCAGAGAACGUCGCUGGAGCAGUGGGAACAGAGCCAGGAAAUUCCGCUUGAGAGGUUUGAUCAGCGCUUGCCACUUGCCGUGCAGCAGGACAUGCGCCUCAGCGCCUCGGACCGAAUGCAGGAGCACAUGCACAACGCGAAGAGCAACGUGCAUGUCCUGAGCAGCAAGUGCGACAAGAUGCGAGAGUUGCUGUCCCAACUGCGCAGUUCGAGCGAUCGACUGCAGCUGCAGCUGGCAGCCGUCACAGCAUCUUGGAACAUCGACAUGCAGUGCUCCAAGAUCGCCUGCAACAAGGAUGCAAGCAAGUCAUCCGUUUCAGCGUCGAGAUCGAAGACAGCAUCUCGCGCACCGGUGGCUGGCCACCUAUCGCAAGAGUCCCUCGCUCUGAUUCGCUCCAAGAUCAAGUCCGCUGCGUAUGUUGGACCGAAGCAAGGCUAUGAUGUCAUUUUCAAGCGCUUUGACAAGGAUGGCUCUGGCACGCUUUGCUUCGACGAGGUGAGAGGCGCCUUGCGUCGAAUCCUGAGGAUUCCGCCAUCCACACUCAAUGACUACCAGAUCUCAUCUUUGUGUGUUACGUUGGACACCAAUGCUUCUGGCAACGUCGACAUUGCCGAGCUUGUGUCCUUUCUCGGCACAGAAUCUCUCUCGGGCCGACAUGGCCUACUUAAGGAGAAGCUGAAUCAGGAUCUUGGCUUGAGCAAGGUCGAGGAUGACUCCUUCAAGCUGGAUUGCUUUGUCAACCGUAAGCCCCGCCAAAACAAGAGCCAGUGUUCGCCACAGCCAACUACAAGCAGCAAGAAUACAUUGCCGCAAAGUGUGGUGGACACGAUUCGGUCGAAGAUAAAGGCUGCCUCGUACGCUGGGCAAAUGGGUCGCGAGAUCCAAGCAUUAUUUUCGCGUUUCGACUACAACGGCUCUGGGGUGCUGGAGGUGGAUGAAGUUCGCCAGGUUCUACGCAGAGCUAUGAGGAUCCCGCCCACUGUCAUCACGGAUGAGCAGAUAUGGAGGUUGUGUGCCAUGCUGGACAUGGACAAGUCAGGUGCCAGGCCAUUAGCAUCGCAGAGCUCACUCGAUUCGUGGGAAAGGAGCCCAGCGGAAGGUGAGCAGAUGCACAGCGCUGGGCGCAAACAGGCUGCCAGGGAUCACGCGCCUUGCGCUGCUCAGUUUCCCAGAACCACCAAUGCAUCCGAAAGCUUCGCCGCUGAAGUCUACCAGCGACCCUCGUUUGACCAGAACCUCAAUCAUCGGAAUAGGCUGGUGGAUGUUGAGGAGGUGCUUUCAAUCUGA